CCGGCGCUGUAUUGGAGUUUGACGUGGCACUCUCGGCACGCGAUUCAACAUCAGCAGCGGAAAGGACGCAGCUCAUCAUUCUCCUUCAGGUCACCUUUUUUUUUGUCCCAGACUGGAAUGAAAGAGGUAUAACAGUAGGAUGAGUCAGCAAGGUUAUGUUGCCGCCCCUCCAUACUCCCAGGCCCAGGCUGGAAUGGGGGGAUACUCUGCAGGUUUUGGGAACCCCCCACCUCAGUCGCAUUAUGGCAUGUAUGGAUCUCCGCCACAGGGCUACUCUGCCCCUCCGACAGGUGUGCUCAAACCUCCUGCCUCCUCUUUUUCUGGAAUGCCUCCACCACCAGUAUCCAGCCAGUAUGGUGCUAACAUUCAGCAAAAUGGGGCCCAUCCCCACAGUUUCCCUCCUCCUGUUGCUUCAGCUCCUUCCAUGUCUCCUUAUGGACAGCCUCCUCAAAGUGCUUUUCAUAGUAUGGCACAAGCCCCGCCUCCAACACAACAGCUGACCAAUCAAAUGAGUGUUAUGAACAUUGGAGGAUAUGGCCAAAGGCCCAUGCAGGUACCGCAGUCCACUUCCAGCUCAGCAGCACUACAACAGUUUCAAACUUCACCACCAGCAGCAAUGGGACAUCCGCCCCUUUCUCCACCAGGACAGCAGCCGCCCUCUCUUGGAUCUCCUCCACCAAUGGCCACGAUAGGUUCUGUGACAGCUCCGCCAAUGGGAAUGUCUGGCCCACCUGGACCAGGUGUCCACCAACCACCACUGGGACCCCAAGGCUAUCCACAGCAACCAGGGAGCCCAAUGUCAGGCCCGUAUGGUGCGCAAAUGGCAGGGCCACAAUCAGGGCCACAAUCAGGCGCUUUCCCAGGAGGCUUUCCUGGAGGUCCAGCACAAAUGGCAGGCCCUCCUCAAAAGAAGCUGGACCCGGACUCCAUUCCAAGCACGACACAAGUGAUUGAGGAUGACCAGGCUAAGAGAGGAGGCCAGGUGUAUGUCACAAACAUCAGAGGUCAGGUGCCUCCACUGGUCACCACAGAUUUCACAGUGCAGGAUCAAGGGAAUGCCAGCCCAAGGUUCAUGCGGUGCACAACAUAUUCCUUCCCCAGCACUGCUGACCUUGCAAAGCAGUGCAAAGUGCCUCUGGCAGCCAUUAUCAAACCCUUCGCCACCGUGCCCAAAAAUGAGACUCCUCUGUACAUUGUAAAUCACGGUGAGACUGGACCAAUCCGCUGCAACCGCUGCAAGGCCUACAUGUGUCCUUACAUGCAGUUUAUCGAUGGAGGACGACGCUACCAGUGUGGCUUCUGCAGCUGCGUUAAUGAAGUUCCAGUGCAGUAUUUCCAGCAUUUGGACCAUACGGGGAGAAGAAUGGAUCUGUAUGAGAGACCAGAACUGUCUUUGGGCUCAUAUGAGUUCAUUGCCACACUGGAUUACUGCAAGAAUAAUAAGCCUCCAAAUCCUCCUGCCUACAUCUUCAUGAUCGACGUCUCCUACAACAACAUAAAAAGUGGACUUGUCAAACUAAUAUGCGAGGAACUGAAGACACUGCUUGACCGACUUCCAAAAGAGGAGGGAGCCGAGACUUCGGCUAUCAAAGUGGGUUUUGUCACCUAUAAUAAGAUCCUGCACUUCUAUAAUGUGAAGAGCGCUCUGGCCCAGCCGCAGAUGAUGGUGGUCUCUGAUGUGGCUGAGAUGUUUGUACCACUUCUCGACGGAUUCCUCGUCAACUUCCAGGAGUCCCGAGCUGUCAUCAACAACCUUUUAGAGCAGAUCCCUGACAUGUUUGCUGACACCAACGAGAGCGAGACUGUUUUCUCACCCGUCAUCCAAGCUGGUGUGGAGGCACUAAAGGCAGCUGAAUGCAGUGGCAAACUCUUCAUCUUUCAGUCCUCCAUCCCAACAGCAGAGGCGCCAGGAAAACUGAAAAACAGAGAUGACCUAAAAUUAGUGGGUACAGAAAAGGAGAAGACUCUGUUCCAGCCUCAGCGGGGUGUGUAUGAGCAGCUGACUAAAGACUGUGUGGCGCAGGGCUGUUGUGUCGAUCUCUUCCUGUUUCCUAACCAGUUUGUGGAUAUAGCCACCAUGGGCGAUGUGCCGUCACACACCAGCGGCUCCAUCUACAAGUACAGCAACUUCCAGGUGGAGGUGAAUGGUCAGCAGUUUCUCAGUGACCUCAGGAGAGAUGUGGAGAAGUCCAUCGGAUUUGACGCCAUCAUGCGCGUCCGUACUGGCACAGGCUUCAGGGCGACAGAUUUCUUUGGUGCCAUAUACAUGAACAACACUACAGAUGUGGAAAUGGCAGCAGUGGACUGUGACAAAGCUGUGACGGUCGAGUUUAAGCACAUCUAAAUAUUGAGAAAAUCGCCUUUAAAAUUGUCCAAAUGUUUAAAAAAAACGGUUUCUUUUUUUUUUUUUAGCAUCGGUGGACAGAGGAGGCUGCGGAUUCACAACCUCAGUCUGAACUGCAGCUCUCAGCUGUCUGAACUCUACAAAAGCUGUGAGACAGACGCCCUCAUCAACUUCUUCGCCAAGUCAGCGUAUCGGGCCAUGCUCAACCAGCCACUGAAGACGGUGAGGGAAAUCCUGGUUAACCAGACGGCUCACAUGCUGGCCUGCUACAGGAAGAACUGCGCCAGCCCCUCAUCAGCCAGCCAGGUCAUAUUACAAUUAUCUUUCAGCCGACUUCCCGUCUACAUGAACAGUCUGUUGAAGACUUCGACUCUAGUGGGCAGCACUGAGCUCUCCACAGAUGACCGGGCCUUUCACAGACUCCUGGUCAAUGCGAUGGGAGUGGAGGAAACACAGGUCCUGCUCUAUCCACGCCUCAUCCCGCUGCACACUAUGGAUGUGUCCAGCGAGGCGAUCCCGGCUCCAGUGCGCUGCUCUGAGGAGCGGCUCAGCGAGUCCGGCAUCUUCCUGCUGGAAAACGGGCUCUCCGUGUUCCUCUGGCUGGGACAGGCCUGUCCGCCCGACCUCAUACAGAACCUCUUCAAUGUGCCUUCUCUCGGCCAUCUGUCCUCAGAAGGGCCGACGUCAUUACCUGUGCUGGAUAAUGCUCAUUCCAGGAAGAUCCAUUCAAUCAUCUCCAGCAUUUUACAGCGGAGGACCACAUCUAUGAAGCUGCUGAUAGUGAAGCAGAAGGACCGAUCGGAGAUGUUGUUCCGACAGCACCUGGUGGAGGACAAGGGUCUUCACGGGGGAGCGUCUUACAUGGACUUCCUGUGCUACGUCCACCGCGAGAUCAGGCAGCUACUUACUUAACACACACUCACACACACACACACACACACUCACACACUCACACACAGUUAAGUGUGUUACAGCGCACAGCCCUCUUCUCAUAUAACCUCUAAAGCUGCCUAUGAUAUACGACCAAACUCUCUUUCUGCAGUUGAGUGUGAACUUUCUGCUUUAUUCCUCAGUGUUUGACAUGAGGGAAAUGGGUGUUUAGAUUGAACUCCUUCAAAUGCGCCACAUCUCCCUGUUCUGAGGAGCCAUUAUAUUGAGAGAUCGUCUCAGUGAUUUUCUUAAGUCACUCCCCCAGAUUACAUUUACCAAAGGGAAUCAUUUCUUUGAAUCCUUAAUGCAGCAAA